AUGAAGGGUAGUCGUACUGUACCGGCACGAGCCUGCCAAUCCACGCAAGAGGUGUUACGUUCUUCGCACCCCUUUUACAGGCGUAACAUAUUCGUCUCGAGAAAUCCGAGUAGCAUCAUGAGCGACACCGAACCAUACCGCCCUGGUUUCUUCGAGUUGUACACCGCACAGCACUUGAGCGCCGCAUUGAGGCCUGCGCUUCGCUUCGUCUUGGAGGUGCUAUCCGUGCGGUAUCCGAGAUUAGUUCGUCUUGCAUCUCGGUCUGAUGAAAUCUUUACUAGUCUACUGCUCGUUCUCGAGACAUCCCAGCUUCGAAAGGAUUCAGCAUUGCUUUCGGAAUCCUUCUAUUCAUUGCGGAGAACAGCAGCUGUGUCCUUUCAAGCCAACGACCUUAAGUUCGCUCCAUUGUCCAGAAAGCACAUCGUUCUGAGUGUUUUCUUCUCUGUGGUGAUACCGCAUUUCAAGUCAAAGCUGGAUAUGUGGUACUCCAACGCAACGGGAGGCGCUGCUGCGGAGCUUUUCGAUUCGCACAUAGGUUCCGUUGGCCCUGUUCUUGAUAACGAUGACAACGCAAGCCAGCCCCCAUCCGUAUCAAACGCUAGUCUGCUAUUGCAUAAUCCAUCCAGUCGGUUGGCGUUUCUCAAGGUUUAUAUGAGGGAGCUGCAACGAAGGUAUGAAGCAGUCAGAAAUUUUGUAAUGGGGCCGGCGUUUCGGAGACUUGCCUUGAAAUGGUAUCCCCGAAUUACUUCUGUUGGAGAAAGUAUCAACCUGGCAUAUAAUUUUAUGUAUCUGUUUGGUCACACGAAUCACUUUUCCUUCCCCCUUGCCUUGCAGGGAUUAGUAUUGCGUCGAUUGAGUGCGGGCGAGCUAUUGCUAGACAUGUCCAGGUCUUCUGCUGUCUCUUCUCCUGGAGCCACAGGUAUUUCGUUGUCGAACGUAGCAUCUGCAGCUUCCGAACGUAUUCUGGGUAUAUUCAAGACAGGCUUUUUUGCAAGCAUCUUUGCAUUUCGCUUUUUGCAAUAUUACUACGCGGCAGAGGCUUCAAUGCCUCGAGAGUCCGGCCCAAUAAUUCCGCCGCCACAACCACUAAUGCCAGCGCCUGGGAUCGACCGCAAGACGGCGUUAACACCUGGAAUGUGUCCGAUAUGCCACAAGCCACGAAACAGUCCGACUGCAUGUGCUACAUCUGGAUAUGUGUUUUGCUAUCUUUGCAUCGUCCAGCAAGUGCAACAAACACAGAAGUGCCCAAUCACACUAGCCCCAACGUUAAUCGAAGACCUUGUGCGCGUGUACGAUGACGCAGGUGCUGGAUAAUUCAAUUGCUGUGCCUCUUGCAAUGCGAUUCAGAGGGUACCCUGAAUAUGAGACACCAAUACGUGCCAGGCACUGAAAGCCGGUCGCCGCAGAAGUCUCAUGAGGUCAUGCCAUCGUGAUUGCAACAAAAUUGCAAGUCUUGGCUCCGGCCCGAGGGAGACUGGCAACAUAAUUUUUUGCAAUUGGAAAGUAUGGAGUCUUGUUUGACGCUACGAGGCACCCUAAGAGUACACUACAAGUGGCGAUGUAUGAAGAGUAUGAGAUGUAACGUAGUCUUUCUUUGCUAUAGAAGAGAGGAAAGAUGGAAAUGGAGUGAAGUUACAGCAUUUCCCCCAGGUCUAAUUUAGUGUCAGAACUGGUUUAGUGUCACUGACAUUAGUUUGGGUCUCGUCGUUCUUACUGUCGUCACCGAAGUAUUGUAAGUGACACUAGAUCCUGGGUGUAGCUGAUGCGAG